CAGCGUGACCUCUGGGGACUGAGGCGAUGUCCGGGCCGCCUGCUCGGAUGGAUCGGUGCUCCCCGCCGGGGCUGAAGCUGGUGUUCCUGUUUCUGCUGGCGUCUACCAACACUGUGUGUCUGCACCCACAUCCCAACUCAGAUGCAGACCACAAGCUUCGCUGUGAGAACGAUUACCUGUUCACCAUCAACUGCUCCCUGCGCAUCCCACCACCAGAGGACACCUCGGACAGCAUCGGCUCCUACUGGCUCACUUUCACAGAGGCAUAUCUAGGGAGAUUUACAUGCAUGCUGACGAACACUGAUGGGGUCUACUUCUGUUCUGUUAAAACGACCGAUUCAGCGCCUGAUGAUGACGAUUAUUCAGAGCCCUUCUCGGAUCUAGACGCCUUUGAAAUCUCACUGUGUCACAACCAAAGUAUUGGGUCUGAAAGCUGUGAGCUGCUGGAUGAAGAAUAUAGGCCGGUGACAAACAUUACACCAAACGCACCGUGCUGCCUCACCGUCAGCCACGACUCCAGUCAAUACCACUUCACCUGGGCGAGUACUUAUGAGGAGUACAGCCCUUUCACCGCCCUGAUCGACAACCUGAAGUACCAGCUCCAUUAUUACAAAAGAGGAGACAAUGUGACAUCACCUAAAAUGAACACCAACAGAUUGAACUAUUCUGUGGGUGAUCGAACAUUUGAGCCAGACACCGAGUACGCUGCCAGAGUGAGGUCCAGUCCUAAUCAGGCUUUUUAUAAGGGACAGUGGAGUGACUGGUCCUCUGAGGUUCACUGGAGGACAGAGUCAGCCGUGAAUGGAAUCCCAUUGAACACAUUUGUGUCUGGACUGGGUAAGGUGUUCAUUCCCUUGUGUGUGAUGGUGCUACUCGUCUUACUUUUGUGCUACGCUCCAGUUAAAAAGUGGAGGAAAAGUGCCUUCAUCCCAACUCCAGCACCCUAUUUCCACACCCUCUACAGCGACUGCCAGGGAGAUUUCAAGAGCUGGGUGGUUACACAAGAAAAAACCACAGACAUGCUGAAGGCAGAGGAAACACUCAGGAUCGACAUGUUAACCAAGUGUGCAGACAUCCAGGAGGUGAAGUGUCAGACCCUGUUCCACCACCAGUCAAUGGAGGGCAGCACAUACAAAAAUAUAGCUGACCCAGUCCACGAUUCCUCUCUCCUGGGCAUCCCAUACGCCGUGCGCACCAUGGCUCCGCCGACGGCGCCGGGUAGCUCACUGGAGGGUCCGACCCUCAGCUCAGAGCCCGGGAGCCCUGCUGAGGGAGAUUCAGGGUGUUGGCUCUGCAGCCACACGUCCCUGGAGAGGGACCCUCCCUUUUACUGCAACGAGUACUGCACCCUGAGCGCCUUCCAGCAGGCUGGUCCCGUCACAGCAGAGCACCACCGGGGCCAGUCAACAAAAUCCUGCCCAACAGGGAUGAUCACAGUGGAAGCCGUCCCUGAAGCAUGAGCUGAUGUGUUUGUAUGUCGUGACUGGACAGUAAAUAUUGUGAAGUUGAACUUUAAUAUUGGGCCUGAAAGUUCAAGUACACACAUACACGUGGAGACGCAGUGCCUCGUAAAGAACUCUCCUACUGCUUCAAGCUAAAGAUAAGUAAAUUCUUGACUUCUGUUUCACAGUACAUAGAUGUUUGGCUCUCAUGUUGCUAUUUAGAGACCACUUCUAUUGUAAAAUGUUCUGCAGCAUUAUGCAUAAUGUAGAUAAUCUAAAAUAUUAAUCGCAUAACCAUUUGCUUGCAUUAAAUGAGUAAUAUGUGUACAAGAACUGCAACAGUUAAAAUUCAUUUUGACUGAUUUUUGAUGACUGGUUUGCUUUGUUUCUGAAUCCUUUAAAGACUGAAUUUCGCUCAUACUUUACUCAUUUAAUAAAGAAAAUGCAA